AUGCCUCCCAAGAAGACCGAAGGUGCUGCCCCCAAGGCCAAGUCCGGCGCUGCCCACGCCAGCUACCAGGACAUGAUUACGGAUGCCAUUGUUAAUCUCAAAGAUCGCAAUGGUUCUAGCCGUCAGUCUCUGAAGAAGUAUGUCAAGGCCAACAACACCUUGAACGUUUCGGACAACAUGUUCGAUUCUCUCUUCAACAAGGCCCUCAAGGCCGGUGUUGAGAAGGGCAUCUUUGCCCAGCCCAAGGGCCCCUCUGGAGGCACCAAGCUGGCCAAGAAGAAGCCCGAGGCCAAGAAGGUUGCCGCUCCCAAGAAGGAGAAGGACGCCACUGCUAAGAAGGCCACUACCACCAAGAAGGCCGCCGCCCCCAAGAAGGUCAAGGCAGAGGGCGAGAAGAAGGAAAAGAAGGAGAAGAAGGAGGGCGCUGCCACCAAGAAGGCUGCCGCUCCCAAGAAGGCCACUGCCACCGCUAAGAAGACUAAGGAGGCUCCCGCCAAGCCCGAGAAGCCUGAGACCGUUCUGACCAAGACCAAGUCCGGCCGUGUUGCCAAGGCCCAGAAGCCCGCUGCCACCAAGAAGGCCGCACCCAAGAAGGCUGCUGCUCCCAAGAAGGAGAAGGCUGCUGCUGCCGCUCCCGCAGCCGCCGCCGCCACCAAGGCGUAA